AUGUCAGCCUCCAGGGUGAUGGAAUCGAUCUGCCUUGUGGAGCCAUCCCCUGAUUCUCGCAGCCUGCGGGUGAACACAGCAGCCUUGUCCUUCCUGAAGUCUGUGACUGGCCGCCUCUGGGUGGUGGCCAUCUUUGGGCCCAAGGGGACUGGGAAAUCCUUCCUCCUGGACCAGCUGGUGGGGCAAGAUGGAGGCUCCCCACGUUCUGCAGGAAUAUGGCUGCGUUGUUCACCCCACCCAACAAGACCGGAUGAAAACCUGGUGUUCCUGGAUACGGAAGGUCUUCCUGAAAAAAUGGAGAAGCAUCCUCCCUGCAGAUAUGUGAAGAUGCUCCCAGACAAAGUACGAGUCCUGGAGGAUUGUCCUAUGGUGAACAGGUUCCUGCUUAGUAGCAUGCUGCCUGACUUUGUGUGGUGCCUUCGUGAUGUGGCCUCUGAGGAAAGGGUGCUACAAGAUGUGGAUCUUAACUUGGAUCUCAUCGUCUCCCCUCCGGCAGUUUCAGCCUCAGAGAACACAACCAUCAGCUGUAUCCAGACCCUCUUCCCCUCCCAGAAAGUGUUUUGUUUCUGCUCCCCACAUGCGGAUGGAAAGGACGGGGAGGUUGUCUCUUCAGACAUUCUGCACCCCAUGUUCCAGGCUCGGCUUUGUUCGUUUAAAGAUUACAUCCUGAACCAGAGGCCCAAGAACUCACCUGGAAGUAGAUUUUCGAAUGGGAAGGAUUGGUCUGCCGUGCUGGAACGAUUUGCAGAUGUGUUGUCUUUGAACGAACCAAUCAUUGUGAAUGAGAGUUUUGAUCCCCAAGCAUUCUAUCUGGAAGCUCCCUGGGCAGCUCCAAAGAGGAAGAAGAGGAGAAGAAGAAGAAGAGAAGAAGAGAUUGGAUUUAGAGAAAAUUACGAGAAUUCCAAUGAGCCCAUGAUUGAUCCUGAGAUGAAUUUUCCCCGGACAACCCCGAAGAGGAAAAAGAUUCCUAGGGCCCCCCAGGUGCCAGUGCAAGAACCCAGGAACACUGGUUUUGUUUCUACAGGUUCCUCCACCAUCUUCCUCCUGGACUGCUCCUAG